UUUAAUGCCAGUUGUUGGGGAAGCUAGUUACCGCCAUGCCACUCUUAAUAAUUUUGCUCCUGACAGCGUUGGCGACGCUAACCGGAAACGGGAAUGCAACAGCUACCGACAAUAUCCACAAACAAAAUCUGCUACGCUGUUGCUAUACAGAAUCUUAUCGCUGCAAGGACAACGCUACUUGGACACCUCCUCAGGGAUUUUCGCUCAUCGACGGCGUCCCACAGUGUGGCCCACGCUCCCUAUGGCCAGUCUUCCACCAGCCGAAAUCUCUGGACAGAUUGUAUCUUCUUCCGCAGGGCAUCCUACGACAUAUAGCCCUAAAUCACGCCGAGCAACAGGUCGAUCUAGAGGAAAAUGAAUAUGCUGGCGCCCUCCAUGUGGAUUACAAGCCCGGACAAUUCUGUCUAGACAGGGUGAUAAAUGAGGAAAAACGUCUACAAGUAAAUUAUGCUGUAAUAUGUGCACCCGAUGUGAAAGGAUCUCAAAUAAAUGGAACAACUCAUCUGUGGAGACACAUUUUGGACCCUGCCGGUCAUGCCCUUAAUAUUGCUUGUCUCUUAAGUGUUGCUGUCAUCUACUUUGUGAUUCCUGCACUGCGUGAUCUUGUAGGAAAUAUACUGACAACAAUGGCAAUGUGCAUGUUAGCCUCACAGGCUGCAGAGCUCGUGGCAUCAGUAACCCGAUUUUCAGCACAUGUCUCAUUAGUUGCAGCAGAUAUUGUGGCAUAUUCUGCUCUCAUGGCUGCUGCCUUUUGGCUCAAUACAAUGGGGUAUUACAUCUGGAGAACUUUCAGGUCACGGAAUGUGUUCUUGCGUGUGACAGAUGGGAGAAAAUACUGCUACUAUUCCACUUAUUCUUGGUGUUGCACAGCUGUAAUGACUGCAGUAGCAGUUUUUGCACAUUACAUUCUGGAAUCUGGACAAAGAAAACUGACUGACAGUUCUAUAGGAUGGCUCGGUGUGUCUGUAAUUUUCACAGCAGUUGGAUUCACCAUCCUAGUGAACAUUUACUUCUAUGUAACAACAGGUCAUGCAAUUAGCAGGAUGUCAACAUAUGGAAGAAUACAUCAUAAAAUGAAAUAUAGCUUUGAGAUGUUCGUCCAGCUAUUUCUGGUUCUCUGUAUCAGCUGGCUCUUCAAGGGCCUAUCACGCUUGCCAUAUGAUGCUCUAUUCUAUUGUUAUGUUGUGGUCAAUGCACUCCUGGGACCACUUGUUGUUUAUGUUGUGAUUUGCAACCAACAUAGGGUAACAUCUCAGUUAAGAGCUUUAUGUUGCUGUCCUUGUUGUAAAGCAAGUGAAGUGGAUGACUCUCCUGAAUGGGGUGAAGAACUUACCCGUAUGACAGGAGUAGGUGGCAUGACUGUAACCCAGUGCUGACACUUCCUAACUCUAAGUUUUUUUUCCUCUCUCUCCUGCAAAUGCUGUUAUUGGGACCAAUAAUGUACACAGUACUAAGUUGCAGAAAUGUAACUCGCAUGUAAUCUAGUCAUUUGUAAUUAAGAACUAAUUUUAUAUUUACUACACCUUUGGCUUUUUUUCUGCUUAUUAUAAUUAUCUGAAAUUGAAUGAAAUUAUUUUCCUACCAUUCAGAAAGACUCACAUGCAAUGUUAUUGAUAUGUACACCUUACAAAAGUUUCUUUAGUAGCGACUGUUUUGCUAAUGUAACAUUCCAUAAAUGUAUACAACCAUUAUACAAGGGUAAAAUUGUUUUAAGCCUAAUUGAUGUGCCACUUUCAGAUCACUGUGAAAGGGAUUUUUCCUUGUUAUGUUCAUAAAAAUAAGUAUCUGCUACCUUCGUUAAGGAAUCAAAAUCUAACAAAGAAAUUAGAUGAAGGCAUCCAACUGUGAUACCUACACGACAAUUAAAUUCAGAAAAGUAAAGAAAAUCAUACGUUGUUGAGAGAGUAAGACUUAACAUUAAAAAAAAUUACAAGUCUUCCACUGAGAUGCUUUUAUAAGACUUCGUUCUAGUAGGCAUCACUACCUAUUAGAGGGCAGAGUUUUCCUCCAUUAAAAGUUUCCCCAUCAGUUUCAUAAUGUUCCUCACUACACUUUUCUUCCUCAAACUUUAUAAUGACACUCAAAAGUAAUAACUUAUGUCAAAAGUAUAUUUUUAUAAUGAAAUCUAAUAUGUCUUCCCACAAUCAUGAGCAGUAAUAUACUUAAUGUCACACCUACUCUCAAUGACAAGAGUCAAUGCCAGCAACUAUUCUCGGCUCUGGCACAAUGUACUUUAUAUAAAUAAAAAUGGGUGAAAAAGAUAACUUCGCUUUCGAUACAGGGUGUGUGUGUGUGUGUGUGUGUGUGUGUGUGUGUGUGUUUUGCCAUAUGUUGUAAGUAGCACCUGAUAUUAUUAAAAGUAUUAUGAUUUUUUAUUUGUUUUAUGAGUCUGUGAUUUGAUGGCUUACUGCCAUGAAUAGAGAGAAUCUCAAUAAAGUACUAUGUAUUCAAGUGGCAGCUUAGUUUUGUAGUUUUAGUAGUAGAUUUCUGUUCAUAGGCUGACACUUUAUUUGACUAUAUUUUACACCGUUUUAUAUUUGUAACGUAACUUGCAACAACAUCAUUUGUAGACUUUGCACUGAAUGUUUGUAUGCACCUCACUAUUUCAGUUACUCAAAUGGUUUCUUCCUACAAAUUGUAAUUGUUGCACAAUUUCUAGAACAGCAUGUGUUACUUCUAAAACCUUUUUGAUAUACAAGAUUAGUGACCAGGUUGUGUAUUUAGAUCGGACAAUUAUCAGACAGGUUCUGUUUUUAGAUCAGAUGACAUUUAUUUCUACAACAAAAAGGAUGUAAUUUAGCAAUCGGCUGAACAUACAGACACAUACAUAUGUUAUACUUUGGAUGAACUGUACUAUGAACUAUUAAAGAAAAAAAGACAAUUGUUACAGCUUAGUUCAUCUGAACACACCCAUGUAAUGCUGGUUUUCAUUGGUUUUAUUGUAAAGGUCAUUGUUGCUAACAGCUGUUAAAGUAAUCAAACCAGGGAAAGGAAAUAUAUUGAAUGUUAAAUGGUUGAAUUUAUACAAGAUAGAAGAUCUGCAAGCUUCAGUGAAUGAUGUCAGAUUUCAUGAGGUUUAUGUGAUGAUAAAACUUUAUUUAUGACUUGUGACUUUUGCAUAUGUUGAGGAACAGAAAAAUUCUCUAAUGAUAUUUAAUCAUUUGUUCUCAUCUUUAACUUUCCUUCAACUUAUUAUUAGUAAUACCCUUUUUCUCCUGACACAGAAUUCAAAGAAUCAAGAUCUGUAAAAGCAGUCCUCAACCUGAAUUUUUACUUUAUUUUUUUUUUUUUACCUGCACAGUGAUGAGGGAGACACAUUCACUCAGUAACUGUUGUAACACUGUUGACAGAUGACCUAAUAGGUAAACAAAUGUUGCAUCUCGAGUUCCCCAAUCAUUCUAUACAAAAAUUUUUGAGGAGACAGAAACAAAGCCUGAUCAUCCUCCUUAGAGCCCGGACUUAUCACCCUGCGAAGGAAAUAUAUACAGGCGUCAGUAAGGUAAAAAAGUUUUUUCUCCAUAUUAUCUUCCUUAUGAGGCUGUAUUUAGUAAUUUUCAGAUUUUAGCUUUCAUUUCUGACCUACCUUGUAGCUUAGCCCGCAGCUCACGAUUAGUUCACUGGAAUUUGAAUAUAAUUCAUCCAAUUCAUCUGAUCCAUUCUUUCCCGCGCAGCUCUCUCAAGCAAUGUCUGAAGUACCAUUUCCUUAACUCAAGUACAUGAAUCUAACUCAUACUCGCUAUCAAUACCUUCUUCCGUCUAACAACAGAAGAUAAAGAUCCGUAUGUGUUGUUGAGAGAGAGAGAGAGAGAGAGAGAGAGAGAGAGAUUUAAUGUUUCCUCUCUACAGUUUAUUCCAUUGUCUGAUUUAUAUAAAACAACUGCUUAGAAUGCAGUGAAGCUAGAUACAACCAGAACUGACACACAGCAAAAACGAGAAGCUGCAAGCUAUGUUAGUAAUAUCAAAUACAGCAAUUUUGUAAUUUUUAUCUGACUUCUUACUCUAGUACUACAUCAGGAAAACAACUGGAGUACUUUCAGAGCUAUGUUCUAAUUAUGUUCAUACUGCCAUUAAUUUAUAAAUCACAGUUAUUUAAAAAAAUUAUUUUUCGAGUUAAUCCACUCAGGAACCACCAUAACUCUCUUCCUUAUAAUGAAGAAUAUGUGAAUAAUGAACAGCGGUCCCCCCCCCCCCCCUCCCCCUGAGGGAAGGGAGUUACAAAAUAUUUUCAUGUGUCACUGAGAUCCUAAGAUCUCCAUGGAUGCAAUGCACUCAUGCAGUAUGACUAGUCACUACAACUGUUAAAUUGAUUCAUAGACAGAACUUUCUAAGAUACAAGAGCUGUUCCAUUUAAUAUAUAGUUGAGGACAACUGCACUGUUAUUUAUGCCACUACAAUAAGAUUUUCUACCUCACAGAAAAUGAACAACCACUGACUGAUACUUAGAAAAAACAAGUAAUAUUUUAGAAACCCUUUCACACUGCACUCUCCUGCACUAUGUUGCCAAAAGAACAGCUGGAGUAGUAAAUAAAGGAAAUUGCAAGCACAAAAUAGGAAGUUAUAAUAUAUGUUUCCCUGCCAACAAAUUGCAGUCAUUGACUUCAGUGCUAAAGUCUUCAUGAAAACUUCUCUCAACAUAACUUACAAUGCAGUAUUGCACACUAUUCAUAUCUGCAAAAAUGAAUGACUUUUCCAAAACCAAAAUGAAGUUCAGUAGUCUUCACAUAAAAGCCAUGAAUUCUCCUUAGGUCUCUUUAGUUCUACAAAACAUGAAAAAUUUAUGGACAGAGUUAUACUUUCAAUAAUACGAGGCCAGAUAAAAUAUAAAAUAUAAGCGGGAUUUUUUAUUUAAAUUCAUUUAUUGAAAAACUCAAAGCAAUUAUAAUUAUUCCACAUAGCCUCCUGCUUUGGAAAUGCAUUUGUCCCAGCGUAUUGGCAGAUUUUUGAUGCCCUCAUCACAAAAAGGACUUGGUCGUGUCACCAGCCAGUUGCGCACGAAGCCUUCCACACUCUCAUCAUCUUCAAAUCGUCGCCCUCCUAGAGCUUCUUUAAGCAGUGCAAAUGAAUGGAAAUCGCAGGGUGAUAAGUCCGGGCUCUAAGGAGGAUGAUCAGGCUUAGUCCAGUGCAUUUCCUGUAGCUUGGAGACAGUUAGAGCUGCAGUACGGGGUUGUGCAGUGUCGUGGAGGAGGAUGACCUGCCGAAUCGACUGGUCUUGUCUUUUGCGACAAUAUGCAGCUCUCGCUGCCUUGUUCAACAGUUUGCAGUAGUAAGCAGCAUUGAUUGUGCAUCGCUCAUGCAAAAAAUCAAUCAGCAAAAUGCCUCGCUGAUCUUUCAAUCGAAAGAACCUUGCCAGCUGAGAUUCGAGUCUUGUCUUUCACUGAUGCUGCUUCCUCUUUCCUCCACCACCCCUUACUGGUUUGUUUGGAUUCUGGAGUGUAAUGGUGAAACCAUGUUUUGUCGCAGUGACUUAAAAAUGCAUCACCUUCUUCCGCAAACCUUGCUGUAAGCCUCUGACAGACCUCCAAACGUCUCAACUUCAGAUCUUCAGUCAAAAGUUUAGGGAUUCAUCUGGAACACACUUUACGGAACUGUAGGUCAUUUGUGGUGAUUGCUUGACAGCUCGCAUAACUGAGACCAACUUUGUGCAAUUUCUCAUACUCUCUCCCGUCGAUCAUCGUCAACAAUGUCUUUAACCGCGCAAAUGUUUUUGUCUGUAAUGCUAGACCUAGGACGGCAAUCAUGUUGCUGACUGUCCACUUGUUCUUGUCCUUCCUUGAACUUCUCAUGACAGGUAAACACAGGCGUCCUUGAUAAUGUUUUAUCAACAAACUGUGCAGUCAAUCCUUGGCAAAUUUCCACCACUGUAACUCCUUCACGAGCAAGAAAUUUGAUAAUUAUACGUUGCGCAAUGGAAGGGUGCACCUGUUGCUCAGACAUUGUGAGCGUUACUGACAAAACGGUGAGAAAUAUCUAACAGCAAGUUCUCCUCACUUCUAACGGUCCCGCCUAAGCAUAGCAGAAGUGCGGGGCCAGUCCUGCCAACUGUUGAUAUUCAGGAACAAAAAUCCCAAUUGUAUUUCAUCCCCCCUCGUAUAUCUGUCCUUAUAUUACUGUUUUCAUGAGGCAGUGGAAAGUGGUAGUGCUUGCAGCUUCUUGUGUAUAUAAAGCUGAUUUAAAAUGAAGAUGCUUACUAAUGUUUUAGAGCUCAACUCUCACUACUUUUUAAGCAGAACUAAUAUAAAUCAAGAAAAAAAAUAAGUGUCAACUGCCUAACUGAUAAUAAUAAUUGUCACCAUUUAUCUUGUCAAUUUCAAAUAUAGUUGAACAACAAAAGUGAGCUGUAAAAAGAGGCUAAUUUGGGAAAAACAAUAUAUUCUUUAAGGCACAUACCCAACAAACCUCGCCAAGACUUGUGUAUACAAUUACUCUGUGAAUGUAUUUCAUAACAACAUCGGUAGAAAAUUACUGAAUGGGCAAAACUUGUGCAGAACUUAAUCUGUGCCCUGUAGGAAGCUUUUCAGAUAAGAUCAUUUUUAAUGUAAUAUAUUCUGUAUUUGUUUGGCAAUACUCAAAUUACGAACUGUGCAAUCACAAUAAACCAUGGUAACUACAUCAUGUACUUUUGUAAAGUGACUGCUCUGACUCCAUCAAAUA